CCAUCCUUUUAGGUCCGACUUCAAGUUGUUCCCGGUAUACCUACUAAUAGUACUAGUAGGCUGGAGCGGCGUGUUGUACUGACGACUUUGACACGACAUGGAAAAACCAAAUACGCUAAUACCAUCGACCACUGAUGCUCCGUCAUCGCCAUCCAAGCAACGAGAUGCUUUCGCGUACCAGACGCGUCUGCUCCAGCGCACUGCUUCUCGUUCAUCAACAAACUCUCGAAAUUCUUCCAUCUCAUCGCGUCCAACAUCCCUCGUGAGCCCAAAUACAACUGGUUCUAGUCCGCCUGUGGUUUCUACUACCAGACGAUGGACACCUUCACAUCGACCGGGUGCCAGUGUUGACACUGUACGCGACAAGUGGGAGGAGCGCGCACGUGCAGAGGCAGUACUCGACGAACGCAGGUCUGCCAGUCCAACAAAGCAAAUCGAAACUACACCCAGUCGUUCUAGUCUGGGUCGUAGUGAUAGUAUCUCCUCGUUCACAGAUUCCAGUUUGCAGCGCACUUCAGCUUAUCUCAAACGACAUACUUUCUCUGCUUCCCUUCCACCACACAUAGUAGCAACUCCCUUGUCCCCGAAUACUACUGGAAUAUCUGUCGUGAACCCUGACUCGUCUGCUAACACACUUUCGACCCCGACCCCUCAUCGUAUAUGCCUCCCAACUACAGCAUCUCUUCAUUCUUCAUCAUUAUCUGAUAUCAAGGAACUUGCUGAUCAUGAUAUACCUGCAUACAUAUCCCUUGAUUCCCCCUCCCCACCCACGCGGAGACCAAGUACAAUAGACGGCAACACCCCGGAUUCUGCUCCCCAUGAUCUAGUAUCACGGAUACCCGACCCAUUCACAUCGACGGUGAUCAACACUCCGUCCAGUCUCUCAAAGCCUUUGUUCACACCUGCAACACCUACAACUGUCCCCCGCCGUCCCAUGUCGCUGUACGGUUCACAUUCUUCAUCUUUUCCCUUCCCGGAAAAGGAAACCUUGCACGGUCGCAUCUCUGCAAGCCAGGAUCUUACCGACCAUACCUUGCGACUUCCAAGUCGUGUUUCGCGAGUGUCCGACAAUAACCCUUCAGACCUCACAUCUAAGUUGAACGACCUUCCCUCCAGGAUAUCUGCAUAUACAUCCCGACUGGAUUCUCGUUCUUCCGAUUUUACGUCUCGUUCCGCUGAGAAUAUCUCACCAGCUGUCCUGCCAAUCGUGGACCGCACUUCCCGUGCCCCUGACAUUACAACUCGGGUUGCGGAAUACACUUCGCGUUUUAACCUCUCUGAACGCCCGUCCCCAUCUCCUACGCAUACCCCCACGUCCUCGUUCGCAUCCACUCAGAAUUCCUUCGCAUCCACAUCUUCUUCAACCCCUCCACAUACACCCAGUUCUUCCACCACAUCCAUUCCGUCAACCUCCUCUUCUGUAAUGUCACCGGCCCCUUACCGCUCCUCAUACAUGUCAAAGAAGUCAUCAACAUAUGGGCAAAUUGCUGGACACAAACUAGGACGCCAUCUGCCCCGCAUCGCGAGCGGGGAUGCCGAUGAAGACUGGGUUGAUGAGCAGAAGCCCAAUCCCCCAUUACAACCUGAGCAGGCUCCUGUUCCUGUGGAUGAUUCACAGGUGGUGUUGCGACGAGCACGUCGUAAUUCCAGGUAUGAACCUCCAGCGUCACCUAUUACAGAAGAACUUGUUGCAGGGAUGUCAAAUACCUCCGAUGUUACUGGAAUUCCGGGGCGAUUGCGUCUUUCGCGGGAUCAAACGCCAGCGAGUCCGACUGCACCGACAACCUUCCCUUCCUCUCGCUUGACGAGAGGCCUAUGGGCCGAUGUACAGAGACAUUUACUGCAAGCGUAUGAAUAUCUGUGCCAUGUAGGAGAGGCACAGCAGUGGAUCGAGGGUUGCCUUGGGGAAGAGCUAGGCUUUGGGGUGGUAGAGAUGGAGGAAGGAAUGAGGAACGGUGUUGUGCUAGCACGGCUUGUCAGGGUUUUCAAGGGAGAAGGAGGGUUCAGAAUUUAUGAGGCCCGAAAGUUAAAUUUCCGCCACUCGGAUAAUAUCAACCAUUUCUUUGUUUUUGUUAGAGAAGUGGGAUUGCCCGAGGGAUUCAUAUUCGAAUUGACCGAUCUAUACGAGAAGAAAAACUUUCCCAAGGUCAUUUACUGCAUACACGCACUUAGUCACCUCCUCGCCCGCCGUGGUCUCGCCGAAUGUAUCGGAGAUCUUCUCGGCCAACUUCAAUUCUCCGAUGACCAGCUGCAGAAGACGCAGAAGGGUCUCACUGACGCAGGUAUUCCGAUGCCCAACUUCGGCAAUGUCGGCAGGGAACUAGCAAAGGAAAUAAACGAGGAGCCUGAUCCACCACCCCCUGAGCCAGAGGAAAGCGAGGAGGAACGGCGCGAUCGUCUGCUCUUGGAGAAUGAGGACUCGAUACGUUCGGUUCAAUGCCUAGCCCGUGGCUUUCUGGUCCGCAAGGCACAGGCGACACAACGCGUCCGUUUGCGUCUAACCGAACGAUAUGUUCCUCGUCUGCAAGCACAUCUCCGUGGUGCUCUCGCCCGACGCACCGUUUCCGUCUCCCGUCAGCAGACGCGCGACAUGACGCCCUGGGCUAUUCAUUUGCAGGCUGCUGUCCGCGGCGUACUUGUCCGUCGGCGCUGGAGAGCAUACAUCGCUCGCAUCAAAGCAGUCUCUCAAUACUUAGUCAAGACACAGGCCCAGAUUCGUGGCGUCCUCGUACGUCGGCGAUUCGAGAAGCUGAAAGCAGCCCUAAGGAGCGCCCGUGCAAUCGUGGUGAAGAUGCAAUCAACUGCACGUGCCAAAAUCGUGCAGCGGAACCACAGCGAAGUGGCGAAAACGUUUGCGCGUGCGGAGGUAGUAUUGUCUGUGGUGAAUGUCCAAGCUGUUGCGCGCAGCUUCCUCCUCCGACGGAUGCUUUCGAGAAAGCUCAGAAAACUGGAUGCAGAGGAGGAGACUAUCGUGGAUUUGCAGGCACAGUGCCGCGGUGUUCUUGUGCGAAGACGCAUACGGACGCAACUCGCCAAGCUGGAUGAUGUGUCUGCAACUGUUGUGCGCAUACAGGCAGCUGUGCGGACUUAUCUUGCACGCAAACGCCUUCUUCAGCUCAUCCGAGGUUUGCGGCGCGCGACUCCCAUGCUUAUCGGUCUGCAAGCGCGUGCACGUGCGAGCCUGGCUAGACAACAGCACCGUAAUGUCGCAAAGGCCCUCUGCGAGGUGAAGGUCGUAGCGAGUGUUGGAGGGUUCCAGGCUCUUGCACGAGCUGCGAUCAUGCGGAACCGCCACCGCGAACAGCAGAAAGAACUAGAGUUUGUUGCUCCAGAUGUGAACGGGUUUCAGGCAGUGGCGCGGGGGUACCUCGUCAGGAGGGACUAUCAUGCGUGGCGAGACUAUUUGCGGCGGAGUCAACCUGCAGCGACGAUGUUGCAGGCUUUGUUCCGUGGAGUGCUCCAGCGGAAGAAAUUCCGUGCGAAGAUUCAGUAUUAUCGCACGAAUCUUGAUAAGGUUGUCAAGAUUCAGUCGCUCUUUAGGGCAAAGGAGACUAGGGAGCAGUACAGGCAACUCACGCUGGGCAAGAACGUCACCGUCGGAACGAUCAAGAACUUCGUGCAUUUGUUGGACGAUUCGGAGUCGGACUUCCAAGAUGAGAUCAAGGUGGAGCGGCUGAGAAAGCGCGUGGUAGAGGGCAUUCGUGAAAACCAAGCUUUAGAGAACGAUGUCAGUGAUCUCGACGUGAAGAUUGCGCUUGUCGUACAGAAUGUGAAGUCCUUCGAGGAGCUUAUCAAGGCGCGGAAAAAGUACGGUGCAGACAGCGCUGCUGCUCACGCUACUAGGGCGUCCAUCCUUGCUGCGCAUGGCGACCCCUUUGCUGGACCGAAUACUCUUGAUCAUGCAGCGAAGAAGAAGCUUGAACUGUACCAGCAGCUAUUCUAUCUCUUGCAGACGAGAGCAGAGUAUCUAGGUGGACUCUUCGUUCAGCUUUCUGACGAGACAGCGGAGAAGCACAGGCGGUUGGCAGAGCGGGUCGUGCUCACGUUGUUUGGGUAUGGUCAGGACCGAAGGGAGGAUUAUCUCUUCUUGAAGUUAUUCCAGCUUUCGAUCCGCGAGGAAAUCCUGGCUGCACCGUCGAUUUCGGAUGUCGUACGUGGACAUCCGAUGUAUAUUAAUAUAGCGGUGCAGUACGUCCGCCCACGACAGGUCACGUAUAUCCGUGAAACGCUGCAGGGGAUCAUCCGUGAGCUCCUAGAGGCUGUCGAUCUUGACCUAGAACCUGACCCUACUGUGAUCCACCGAUCGCGCAUAAAUGUGGAGGAAAUGCGAUCUGGAAUCGCAAGCACGAAGCCCAAAGAUGUUCCAUUCUACGAGGCUUUGAAAGAUCCUGAUACUAGGGCCGAGUACAUCAGACAUCUCCAGAAACUUCAGUGGUGGACUGAAGCCUUUGCCGUAUCCAUAUUUGAGUCGACUCGCAGGAUGCCCUACAGCGUGCGAUUCAUGGCGCGCGAAACGUUUCUUCAGUUGAAGGAGAAGUUCCCUGGAGCGCCUGAUGAAGUGUAUGCAGCCUGCAUUGGUAGGCUGGUAUAUUACCGGUACUUGAACCCCGCCAUCUUAUCGCCUGAAAACUUUGAUAUGGUCGCAUCGGUAGAUAUUGCAACCAGGAAGAAUCUCGCGCAGAUCUCCAAGGUCUUGACGCAGGUUGCGUCAGGCUCUGAGUUCAAUGAUGAUCAGCCUAAUUAUGUGCCCAUUAACGAGUGUGUGCGCACGUUGAUCACGCAGAUGACCAAUUGGCUAGUGCGAACAGUCGCGGAUGUCCCCGAUGCCGAAAGUCACUACCAUGCCCAUGAGUUCUUGGAUGCUACAGUACAACCAAAGCCUAUUUACAUCUCUCCGAACGAGGUGUACGGUAUGCAUGUCUUGCUCUCUCAAUAUCAAGAGAAAUUGUCUCCUGAUCGACACGAUGCCUUGCGUGUUAUUCUGCACGAGCUGGAUGGUGUACCUCAUCUUGAUAACGAUGAGCUCAAGGAUGCCAGAGAUCGUGCGAUUACUCUGGAGCUGACGAACAGGUUUGCUCAUGUCCGAGAUCCACAAGCUGAUGAGAAAACGCUCUGGGUACAAGCAAAGCGCGGUGUGCUUGCGAUCUUACGUGUCCAACCUGCGCAAGAUCUUGUCGAAUCUUUGAUGCGUCCUGUGAGCGAUGACGAUGAGCUUCGCUGGGAGAACAUCUUGGCCGAAAUGGAUAACGAACCAACAUCACGACGUAUGCCUUCAACUUCCGCAGGCGAGUCCGCCUAUAGGCUAGAAGACAUUCGAUCGUUGUCUUUCAAAGAAGUCAAAGCUCAUGCUAUUUUCUUCCUUCUUGAACUCGAGAAACAGGGGAAGAUUACGCGCAACGACGGAUUCCAGGGUAUUCUGAAUGCCAUUGCCAGCGAUGUCCGCAGCAAGCACCGCAAACGGUUACAGCGUCAACAGGAGAUGGAUAGCAUGGUAGACGCCCUGAAACACCUUUCUGAACGGAAGAAGUAUUUCGAAGAGCAGAUCGACAGUUAUCACAAUUACGUUGAAGCUGCGAUGGCGACCAUGCAGCGAGGCAAAGGGAAGAAGCGUUUUGUUCUGCCGUUCACAAAGCAGUACUUUCAUCUGCGGGACUUGCAGAAGUCGGGGAAGAAUCCUCAGUUCGGAUCUUUCAAAUACAGUGCAAGGGAUUUGUAUGAGAAGGGUAUAUUACUCUCCAUCGAUAAAUUCUCUCCCCGUCAGUUUGAUAAAAUCGACAUCACCAUUUCUUCCAACAAACCUGGCAUCUUCACUAUGGAAGUGUUCAAUAACACGCUGGGGAUCACCAAUCGGAUAGCUUCUACUGAUCUGCGUAUGGAAGACUUGUUGCAAGCUCAGUUCGAGAACCAGGCUUCCCUUUCCUUAUUCAAUGGACUGGCAAAGGUCAACAUUAGUUUGUUGCUCUACCAGAUCAAUAAGAAAUUCUAUGUGUAGUCGGUGCUUGCUCUGCAGGACUCAUCUUGUAUCUACUAAUUUUUUUUACCUCCGCAUCUUGCAUCAUAUAUCUUCGCAUCUUUUACCUGUAAUCCAUCAUGCAAUUAUGUAUUUCUUUGCAUACGAACUACGAUUAACGUAUGACCGUAUCCCAGGAUAUCCCAUGACCCAAUCCAUUGCGACUGGGGUACCACGAUUGCGACGAAAACGACAGAGCACUGUAUACUUGUAGUUGCCAAUAGCUUGGCUGCAAACCAGUAGCCACCCAAGCCGAAGUAAAUUUAGCUAAAAGCUGAGCCGAGCCGGGGUACCCUGGUUUCAUAACGGUACAACCCGUUCACUGACCACUG